GGGGCAUAGGGGGGCCUCCAGACAAACGACAGCCAGUCAGACAGUCGGCCAUGGGGAGCGGCCAAGCAGGGGAGAGAGAGGGGAAAGCGGAGGAGCACGUAACCAGCGGGACAGAGACCCUCACCAGCAACCCCGCAGCACACCACCAUCAGACAGCCACUUUCACCGGAGACGCAAGACAAGCGGGCUGAAGGGGGGGUUGGCACCCGUUCCUGAGCAGCUCACCUGCUGGGUGGGGGUGGUGGUGGGGGGGGGGGGGCCUCGGUUGGGGCUCGCGGUCAGCUGAUGUGGUCAUCACGGAGGGCCACGGGGCCAGGGCAGUCGCGGGGGGGCCACCUGCUCAGGUGGCUGGGGUUGAGGGUGUGCCGAAGGAGCACGCUAGUGUUCGCCCUGCUCUGGUUCGGCUCCUGGGUGUUCCUCAACGGCUUGGUUUUCGUGCAUCGGACCAUCCUCUCCGACUUCUGCACGGACGACAAGAGCAAGAGGAUUCUGCAGAGAGUGUGUGAGGAGUACCACGAGGGUUCCCUGACCGGUGACCUGUGCGAGGACCUAUGCGUGACCGCCCAGGUGGAGUACAAGCGCUGCCUUUACUACGAGAAUGGCAAGAAGGUGAUCGAGGCACAUUGGCGUGGCACGCCCGUGGUGCUCAAGUCCAAGCAAGAGAACUUCUCAUCUUAUGAAAGCCUCGGCCUCCUGGAAUAUCAGGACCCGGCCGAAGAGCUUUCCCCACUGGAUGUGGUCUUCUACGCCACCCUGGAGAUCAGGAACUCCCUGGGGCUGGACGUGGCCCUCAAUGCUUCGUUCCCACCAAUCUGGGCCCAGAGGCUAAGGGAUCGUGGGCGGCCGUACUCGCGGGCCGAGCUGACUUCGUUGUGGUCCCUACUCCAACAGGAGGAGUAUACCUUCCUGCGAGUACUCCAGGAUCUAAGCCACCAUGUAGCCAAGGUGCUGGGCUCCUGUGGACAUUUCUACGCUGUUGAGUACCUGUCGGCAGGCCACGCUUGGGACCAAAACAUCUUCUCUCUCGAGGGGGUGUCCGCGGGCCCGUGGACGGCGAGGGACAUGGUGCAUCGCAUCGCCCUCAGCUUCCUGGACAUGGCGUGGCGCUUCGACAACGAGUUCUCACACCGCCUCCACCUUUGCGACAUCAAGCCGGAGAACUUUGCCAUCCGGAAGGAUCUUACGGUUGUGGCUAUAGAUGUGGACAUGGCUUUCUUUGAGCCCAAAAUGCGAGACAUCCUCGAGCAGAACUGCACUAAUGAUGAUGACUGCAACUUCUUUGAUUGCAUCUCCAAAUGCAACGCAAAGACGAACAAAUGCAGCUCAAAGCGGAAAAAUAGCAACCUGCAGGUAAUCUGUGAGAAGAUCUUCAGGACCUGGUUCUCUCCCACGUUGCUGGGCGCCAAGGCUGGCCUACCGAUCCAGGUUGACCUCCAGCGGGCGGUGCAAGACUGUGCCGAGACUCCAGGAGGUGAGGACGAGGAGCGCGCCCAGGCCGUCCAGACACGUCUGCUGGACCUCCUCACACGUCUCCUCCACCAGGGCACCUCCACGGAGCGGGUGGACGCAAACGAGGGGGGCAUUCACCCUCACGGGGCUCUUAACUUCUGAGACAUUGCACUGUUCCACCAUAGAGGACAAUCCGCAUUGGCACCAUCAGACAGUUGUUUAAAGUGUAGAUGUUUUCGUGAUGUUGUGGUCGGUUGCUGCAGACUACUGGUUGUUGAAGUGACAAAAUAUGCACUGAUUGUGGCAGCACUGAUUCUGUGCCUAAUACCACUAUUGGGCAGAUUACGGUAGUAUCUGUAGGAGUAGUAAUGUAGCAUAAGUCAAUAAUUGAAGGUCUAUUAAGAAAGCGGUUUGAAUUUGAGUGAUCUUCACCUCGAAUAAAUCCAGAAGCGUUCUUUUAAACAUUCUGUGCCGUCCAUUUAUCAUCUCAUAAUCUCCGCAAUAAAAGUGACUAAAGUAACACCCA